GUCACCUCCGCCUGUCAGUGUCACUGUCAGUCAGUGAAGUUUUUUUCUUUUCGGGUUGUCCAUUGUUUUCAUAAAAUAGGUGAUUCCGAGGAAAUCAACUUCCAUCUUAAAAUUGUGUUGUGUUUUUAGUUUAGAAAAUGGCUAUGUUCCCAGGAACUGUAGCCUUUGAUGAGUAUGGGCGUCCAUUUAUAAUUUUGAGGGAUCAAGAAAGACAGAAACGGCUUACCGGUACAGAUGCCUUGAAGUCGCACAUUCAAGCAGCUCGUCAGAUAGCUGGCAUCCUACGCACAUCUCUUGGCCCUCGUGGCUUAGACAAGAUGAUGGUGUCGGCAGAUGGUGAAGUGACAGUCACCAAUGAUGGUGCUACAAUCAUGAAACUCAUGGAUGUGGAGCAUCAAAUCGGCAAGCUAAUGGUGCAGCUUGCUCAGAGUCAGGAUGAUGAGAUUGGUGAUGGUACCACUGGGGUUGUCGUUUUGGCUGGUGCAUUGCUAGAACAGGCAUCCAAUUUGCUCGACAAAGGUAUCCAUCCAAUCCGUAUAGCUGAUGGCUUUGAAAUGGCAGCUGCUAUGGCGUUAGCCCAUUUGGACUCUAUCAGCGAAGCCUUUCCCGUAAACAAGGAUACAAGGGAGAACCUCAUCAAGGUUGCCAUGACAACAUUGGGCAGCAAAGUCGUGGUGAAAUGCCACCGGUUAAUGGCAGAGAUUGCAGUUGAUGCUGUAUUAUCAGUAGCAGACUUAGAGAAGCGGGAUGUUAACUUCGAAUUGAUAAAAGUGGAAGGUAAAGUGGGCGGUCGCAUGGAGGACUCUAUGCUCGUCCGUGGAGUGGUCAUAGACAAGACCAUGAGCCACCCGCAGAUGCCUAAAGUGUUGAAGGAUGUGAAACUAGCGAUCCUCACUUGCCCGUUCGAGCCACCAAAGCCGAAGACCAAGCAUAAGCUUCAAGUCGGCUCGGCCGUUGAAUACAGGGAACUGAGGCAGUACGAGCAAGACAAGUUCCUGCAGAUGGUGAAACAAGUUAAGGACGCUGGAGCAACUCUGGCCAUUUGUCAAUGGGGUUUCGACGACGAAGCUAAUCACCUCUUGCUGUCUUCCGGUCUGCCGGCCGUGCGAUGGGUGGGCGGUCCGGAAAUGGAACUAAUUGCCAUAGCCACUGGUGGUAGAAUUGUACCACGGUUCGAAGAACUCACUAAGGAUAAGCUGGGUAGUGCUGGAUUGGUCAGAGAGUUGACGUUUGGCACGAACAAAGACGAAAUGUUGGUCAUCGAGCAAUGCUCCAACUCUCGGGCCGUCACCGUAUUAAUGAGGGGCGGGAACCGAAUGAUAGUGGAGGAGGCUAAGCGUUCCGUGCAUGACGCACUGUGCAUUGUGCGCAGUUUGGUGCAGGAUUCCCGCGUUGUCUAUGGCGGUGGAGCGGCAGAAGUGUCUUGUUCUUUAGCAGUCGCUAGGGCAGCUGACAAACUGUCAUCACUAGAACAAUACUCUUAUAGAGGAUUCGCCGACGCAUUGGAAGCUGUGCCCCUCGCUUUGGCAGAGAACAGCGGUUUGUCACCGAUUGAUUCCCUGUCCGAAGUGAAGGCAAGACAGGUAGCCGAGAACAAUCCGAAUCUUGGCAUAGACUGCAUGGGCAAAGGUUCAAACGACAUGAAAGUAAUGAAUGUCAUAGAAUCUUUGCACUCAAAGAAACAACAGAUCGCUUUGGCCACACAACUUGUCAAAAUGAUACUCAAAAUUGACGAUGUUCGCUCCCCAGCAGACUCCAUAGACUAACUUAUUGAAAGUUCUCAAUAUAAUCAGCGCUAAAACUAUAAUACUUAUUGUGUACAGAAAACGACGAAAAUGUACCAGUAUUUUUCAAAUGAUAUACAAUUCAAUUAUGCUAAUCUUUACGUAGUGUUAAUUUGGUGCCCAAAUGAAAUCACGCGAGUCUGGUGAACAGGCCAAAAACAGGCCAGCCAUUUUGCAGGAAGAUGGUUUUUUCUAAAAAAAACACCAGUGCGCUAGUGUAGUCUUUGCAUAAUUAUUUCGUUAAAAAAACAUUUUCUAAGUACAAUUCCAAAUGUGAUGUGUUAACUCCCAGGCACAGAGAGUACAGAUUGGCCAAAUGAUGGGCCAGUUGACUAAAUGGGAUAUUUUAUAUCAAAAAUACAUCGAGUUUACAAAUCAACUAAUUAUUAAUUCGUGAGAUGAGCCAAAUAUUAGAUCUGUAUGUAUAUUUGCAAAUUAUGUUAUACAAAACUCUGAUUUUAAACCCUCACUUGACCAAAUAAAGUCGAAAAUCUAUUGACAAACUUCCGAAUUUUUGUGGCAAUGUUUAUAAUACUCCGUUGUUUUCUGUACAUCAUACCAGCAUUAUUGCUACUCUGAAGAUAGCUGCGAAUGUUUGCGAGAAUGGAAUUACCGGAAUGAAGUUAGCUUCUUUAACUCCACAUUGAAUUGUGGUGUUUUUUAAGUACAUAAUUUGCGACUUAAUAAUUACGUAGCUAUAAAUUUAGUUUCUCGCUAUUGAAUAAAAAUUGUUUAACACUCAUAUUGCAGAUUGACAACCACUGGACUAAACAAUUAUUUUCUA